AUGGCAGACGCGAUUCAAGAGCAGAAGUACGAGGCCGAGCACGCUGAGAAGCGUCGCGCUCUCCAGCCUGACGAGCUGCCGCUCCCGCAAGAGUUGGAACACCUUGGUGGCGACGAGCUGAGGCUACUGGAUAGGAGCUUGACGCGGCGGCUGGAUUUAACCCUUAUGCCCACCGUCUUCAUUCUGUUCCUGUUAAAUAUUCUGGACAGAAAUAACAUCGCCAGUGCCAAGAUCGCAGGAAUCACAGAUACCCUGAACAUGACCAACAACGAAUACAACACUUGUCUUCUCAUGUUCUACGUCGGGUACUGCAUUACUCAGGUUCCCUCAAAUCUUAUCAUUGGAAAGGUCCGACCAUCACUUUACAUCUGUCUCAUCACGUCGCUCUGGGGCAUUCUGUCUAUGAGCCAAGGAUUCGUGAAGAACUUCUCGGAGCUUGCCGCAGUUCGUUUCAUUUUGGGACUGGUAGAGGCCCCAUUCCUUCCGGCUGUGUUUGUCCUGAUGUCAUGCUGGUACACUCGCAAAGAGCUACCGCCGAGAAUCGCAAUCCUGUACGGCGGCAACAUGGUUGCGACUGCAUUCUCUGGGCUUAUCGCAGCUGGAAUCAUCUCGAGGAUGGAAGGCAAAGCUGGAAAGCCCGCAUGGGAAUGGUUGUUUAUCAUUGAGGGCGCCAUGACCGUAGUCAUUGCGUUGUUGCUUCUGCCUCUUCUCACAGAUUACCCACUGCAGAGCAAACACCUCUUCAUCUCCCGCGACCAGCAGUUGUACGCCGAGUGGAGAAUUCGAAAGGAGAACGCAGGUAUCAUCGACGAGGACCCAGAGUCCAUCUUCUGGGGUCUUAAGCAAGCCCUCAUUGACCCCAAGCUUUACCUCUUCAUUAUCCAACAAAUGGCUCUCAUCACAGCCCAGUCGUUCAACAACUUCUUUCCUUCCAUUGUCGGAACCCUUGGCUAUGGCCGCACAACGACGCUUCUUCUCACUUCGCCGCCUUACUUCUUCGCCUUCCUUGUGUCUCUCUGCGUUUCUUUCCAUGCUGCACACAAGGAUGAGCGUGGAUACCACAUCGCGAUCCCGAUGGUGUUUGCCCUCCUCGGCAACAUCUUGGCAAUGUUCGUCAACUCAUUAGGUGGACGCUACUUCUCCAUGUUCCUCAUGACUGCUGGCUCAUAUGCACCCUACAACCUGUGUGUCAGCUGGCUAUCCGCGUCUCUCCCUCGUCCACGAGCCAAGCGUGCUGCUGCACUUGCCAUCGUAAACUUCAUGGCCGCCGGUGUUGCACACUUCUACACCAGCUACAUGUUUCCGGAUAGCCAGAAGCCUCGAUACUACGCUGGCGGCGGAGUCAUGUCUGGUGCUUGCUUGGUCUGUGCAGGCACGGCGUUGUUUAUCAAGUACUAUUUGAAGAAGCAGAAUGCCAAGUUCGAGGAGGAAGAAAGGGCUGGCAAUGUGAGCCACAAUCAUAUCUCGGGCUCAAAGGCUGGACACGGCGGGGAGGGGGUUGUCAGUUUCCGUUAUGUGCAUUAA